CUUUGACUAACAUUAAUGCCAUGUGAUUGUUCAGUUCAUCCACCAUAGACUUAAAAUAGCAAAAGUGUGUUGGGUCUGCUUAUCCGUCUUGUCAAACCCAAUGGGUUGGGCGAGAAAAUAGGUAUUCUUCCACAAACGCUUGCAACACAUCCACAACUUUGACUUGCUCUUCUGUUGCUGUUUAAGCAAGAAUUAAACUAAUCUAAAAUUAUAAUCAAAGUGAGGGCUCGUGCAAAAGAUCAAUAGAAUGAAAUCUGAAUGAUAAGAAUUUUAUAUAAUCCGAUCGAUAUUUGUGUAUGAAUACAAUAGCAAAAGAAUGAUCUGAUUAGCCUUCAUCCUCCUAUUUAUUCUAACGUUUUAUCCCUUGGACUCCAGCCCAACUGUCCAGCGAAUGAGCCCCUCUUCCUACUCAUGCGGAGGUUGUUAUUUUCUCCUCUUCUCCCGCACGCAGUUAGGAGUUCGUUUCUACAACUUAUCUUUCCAUGUUUGCUUGGCCUUAUCCGCUCAGUCUGCUUCUUUGUUUAACUAGGCUUCGGUUCUAUCUUCGAUUCUUUGGGCUUUAUCAUUUAUCUUUUAUCAGAAAUGGACCGAACCGCUACUGUAUCUCCACGCCCCAAUAAUUGCCCCCAAUUCAAAGAAGAGGAGGGCGCCAAUCUUGAAAAAUUAAAGAGCCAGCCGAUUCUUUGAAUUUUUUCAUCAUGACAUUGCCUCGGAAUGUGUAAGGCCGUCAGCCGUUCGGUAUCAAUCAAUCACUACUCUCUUCUUCCCUUAGUGCAUUAGUUCAGCAAGAAAAACUUCCUCUCCUCUCCUUUCGAUUUCUUGCAAAUCCAGCCAGCGCCUUGGUUCUUCAUGGCUUCACAAUCCUUCAUUCCGCAACACAUUUUAGAUCCAAAGAACUCAAAGCAAGCGAAACUUUCAGAAUAUCAUGUCGACUUUAUCAGGUCAUCUAUCGGCUUUCCCCAUGAUGCGGUUAUUCGUUUUCCAGCAACGAACGAGAGGAUAGAUUGGUUCUGUGAUGGUUGGGUAAACUUCUUGAUGUACCCUUUCAAGAUAGGUAUGAAAUUCCCAUUCUCACGUCUAGUCCGAGACUUUCUUGCUUUUGUCAGAGUAUCGCCUUCCCAAAUCAUGCCCCAAGUAUGGAGGGUACUCAGAGCUUUAGAGGUCUUGAGUGAGAAACAUAGUUUGGCCCUAGAUUUUGAAGACUUGGGUUUCACCUACGACCUCAGAUCUUCAGGAGCCGGUCGCUUUACCUUAGCAGUGAAGGAAGGAAAAGAGGCCCUCAUUCAUAAAGUGGACAAAGCUAAUGACCGGGGAUGGAUGAACUUGUACUUUUUUGUGAAUAAAGAGUCGUUAGGUGCUGACGGAUCAUUCCUGGAAGAGAAUUUACACAAAGAGAGGAAGACUAUUCCACUGGUUCCCGGUCUGCAUUCUGAAGAGAGAAAUGCCAGGAUUCUUUCGUUCCCUAUUGAGGAUCGAACUUACGUGAACCUGGUGUCAGACUUUCAAGAAGAUUCAGGGCAAGGAUAUGAAGUUUCCAAAGAUGAUGGCGAGGGUAUGAGCGCUUUCGUCCCUUUACAAGUUGUUUUUCCGAUUGUUAAGAAUACUCCCGUGCCCCCACUCAAGGAUUCUACUCCUAUUGCAGCUACUUCAUCAAGCACUUCUCGUUCUGUCCCUUCUGACCACGAGUUGUUGGCUAUGGCAUCGAGGAGGAAAAGGAUGCCCUCUAAAUUGUCAGCAAAUCCUCCAAAGGUUCCCAAGUACCCGACGCCUGAUACUGCCACAGCCCCUAAUGCCCCCCAUGAGGAACAUAAGGUUGAUACCUGGGCGAAGCCACCACAAGUUAUGCACUUAUCACUUUCCCCGGAAUUCUGUGAAUUGAAAGACGCUUUGACCAUGAAAGACGAAACGGCUCAAUUUCAAAUGGCCUCCUCUGCUCCCUUUUUUGACUGCUUGCCCCCUACCGGUGUUAUUGCUGCUUCCUCCGCUUAUGCGUUUCAGAGUGUUCAAGCGAGCCUUGUUGCUGCUGCUCGUGUCUCUUUAUUAGAGAGAACCGUUGAUGAACUGAAACAGUAGGAGAUUUCCCUAGCAUCUUCACUUGAUAAGAGUGCAAAGUUAGUUCGAGAAUUGGAAGACAAAAGCUCUACUCAAUCUGCCCAGAUACUGCAGCUCAACGCCAGAGUCAAAUCCUUGGAAGCUUAUGGACGAAAAAGAAACAAGAAGUAAUUGACGCCGCCUGCUAUUAUGUCUGGAAGACCAGGGGUGAGUUGAUGACAUCUUUUAUUAAAGGAGAAAUGACACACCGGUCAGCGGAACGGGACGUAGCUACAUGGCAUAAACUGAGGGAAGAGAUGGAUCCUCCUGUAGGAGAAGACGGCUUCGAGGUGGGUCAUUCUGACGAUGAGAUUGAUCCUUAGUGUUUACCGGUCAGAUGAUCAUGCAUACCCCUUUUUUGUAAGUCUGCUGGAUUACAAACAUUCCCUGCUUUUGAAUUACUCUGACACUUUUCGACUUGCGUUAAGGGUUCUCGGUGGUUCAUUCGGGACUUAACGCCUUAUUGCGCUACUCAUGGGCUUCACGCUUGGCGGUUCAGCCUAGCCCUGUCCACACCAUUAUGUGAAUCUGUCACUGUUUUUGCUAUUGCUUGGAUCAUACUUUUGUUUAUGCGUAUUCUGUUGUGUAUGCAUGUCUGCUGUUUAUGUGUGCAACAUGUCAUGCUGUGUCAUAAAUGUGUGUGUGUUUCGGCCAAAACGUAUUUGGUUUCAUGGAACUUCAUUUAUGGUUUUUUCAUAAUGAGUACCAUGUCCCCUGUAUGUUGAUGUUUUGUCAUAAGCAGAUCUGACGUUGUAUCUGUUGUUCU